AUGGUGCACAUGGAGACGGCGACGUUCGUUGCGCCCGAGACAAGCACACACGUGUCCUUCCAGCGGACACUGAUCGAGCGGAAGAAGCGACCCGAACAGGACUGCAUAAUGGCGGAGGAGGUGAACAAAGCCGGAGUUUACCACGACGUGUUCGCCGAAGUCUACGGCACGGACUACACCGUGCGCUCGUGCCUCAAGACCUGCUCGCAGAAGAAGGCCGUGAAAAUCUGCGACUGCUACAUGCUGAGCACCGAAAUACCGCUGACCGACGCCAUGUUGGGAAACGCUCGAAGCGCCGCCUCGGUGUCGCGGUGCAACGGCACGGAGCUGAACGCAUGCGUACUGCGCAUCAUCAACGGCACCUACGAUAGCGACCCCUGUCUGUGUCCGCCGCCGUGUCACGAGGUGCAGACGGAGGCAGUCGUUACGUCAGCGCCGAUGACGACGCUCGUGUCAGCCAGUGAAAACGAGCAGCUGUUGGAAUUGCUUAAGACAGCUGGCGUUAGCGUCGACGUGAUGGAACGUUAUGAAGCCCGAGGCAUCGUCGUUUCUUCUCCUGCCUUUGCUGUGGAUACAUAUAGCCGCCUCUAUAUUCGCUUUCGCGACACGUUUGACCGGGAAAUACGGGAGGAGUUCGCAUUCACGAGCUCCGACCUCGGCGCUAACAUAGGCGGCUUACUCGGUCUCUAUAUCGGCUUGUCGAUUCUCACGGUGUACGAAGUCAUCGAGUUUUUGUACGAUAUCUGCGUGUUACUCGUGAGAAAGGCGAAGCCUAAGUCAGUGAAAAUUUAA